CGCAGAGGAACAGGGGUAGCAUCAGCACUUUCGAGCGCACCCAUUACGGAGUACAAGUCUACAAAAUGGCAACAACAGCAAUUGUUGGAGGCACGGGCCUUGUGGGCUCGAACAUCGUCAAUAUCCUUCUCUCCUCCCCCAACGUUGCGCACAUCGACUUCCUCGCCCGCCGCCCCCCCAGCACGCCCGUCACUAAAGACCUUAUCGAAUCCCACCCAUCAAAAUUUGCAUCGUAUAUCUCCACAGAUCCCCCGUCAUCCUGGGCUUCGCACCUCCGUUCAACAAGCCCCGCCCCAGAAAUAUUUUUUUCCACUCUCGCAACCACCCGUGCAACUGCCGGGUCUCUCGCCGCCCAACGGGCCCUCGAGCACGAUGCCAAUGUCGAUCUAGCCCGUGCAGCAAAGGAGGCAGGUACAAAAGUAUACGUUCUUGUCUCCUCUGCCGGAGCGGACCCAUCCUCAAAACUACCGUACAUGAAGCUCAAGGGGGACAUUGAGAAGAGCAUCCUAGAUUUAAAUUUUGAGAAAACAAUCAUCCUUCGACCUGGUUUCCUUUCCGGACAGAGAGAGGAACGUAGGAUCAUUGAGGGGAUGGUCGGUGUGAUUGGGAAUGCGGCCGGGUGGCUUAGCAAGCCUUGGUUAAAGGAUUGGUGGUCUAACGAUGCUGUAGAGGUUGCGCGCGCAUCUGUGAGCGCAGGGUUGGCGGCUUUGAAGGGCACGGAGCCCGAUGGGCAGCAAAAGGUGAGAAUUUUGGCCGGCAAGGAUAUAGUUCGCCUGGGACGGACGGAACGGAAAGAAGCCUCCUAAACAGCCUCGAUAUUCACGUGUGGCAAGUGGCCUAUCGAUUACAUCGUCUUCCCAUAGCUUCAUAGGAGAGUUUGUCUUUUUCCCAUUUGUACAAUAAUAAACAUAUUUACAUAUGCUAGGAACGCCAAUCACCGGCUUGGUGCAGAGAGCGGCGUACUAAAUAAAGCAACAAAUCACGUCGCAGCAGCGCAUAAGGCUUUCACUCCCUACGGCAACCGUACAUUUAGACCUUCGUGGUUUCAUGAUCGCUCC